AUGGAGAACGUGCACUUAGCCGUGGAGGACGACCUAUACUCGGGUUAUAAUGACUACAACCUGGCCUUUGACCAGGAGGAGCUGGACAAUGAUGUGGGCUUCCAGCAGGCGGUGAGGACCAGCCAUGGCAGAAGACCUCCGAUCACGGCCAAGUUCCCAGGCACGGCCAUCGGCUCACGCCCCCUGGUGUCCUCACUUGGGGCUCGGGUCCCGUUGGCCUCCUCGCUGGGUCGCCCCAUGACCGGAGCUGUGCAGGACGGAGCUCGGCCCAUGACCGCGACUCGAGCAGCAGGCUUCUCUUCAGGCCUGAGUCGAGGCAGCACCUUCGAUCCCCUCGGUCAGUCCAGAGGUCCGGCUCCUCCCUUAGAGGCCAAGCAUGAUGACCUGCCGGAGGAGAAGAUGAAGCUUCUGGAGAAGAGAGUGAACGAACUGAUUGAGGAGAGCUGCAUGGCCCACAGCGUCGGAUCGUUACAACUGGCUCUGGAAAAAGCAAAAGAAGCAGGAAGGAAGGAGCGCGCCCUGGUCAGACAGAGGGAGCAGGCGGGCAGCACCGAGCAGACCAACCUAGACCUCACCUACUCGGUGCUGCUGAAUCUGGCCAAUCAGCACGCUCAUAAUGAGAUGUACACAGAGGCGCUGACCACCUACCAGGUCCUGGUCAAGAACAAGAUGUUCAGCAACGCAGGCCGUCUGAAGGUCAACAUGGCCAACAUCUACGUGAAGCAGAAGAACUACCCCAAAGCCAUCAAGUUCUACCGCAUGGCUCUGGACCAGAUCUCCAACGCCCACAAAGAGGUGCGCAUGAAGAUCCUGCAGAACAUCGGCCUGGUGUUCGUGCUGAUGGGCCAGUACGCCGACGCCAUCACCUCCUACCAGCACGUCAUGAGCGAGUGUCCCAACGUGAAGGCCGGCUACAACCUCCUUCUCUGCUACUUCGCCAUCGGAGACAGAGACCGCAUGAAGUCUGCCUUCCAGAAGCUCAUCGCUGUGCCCCUCAAUGUCGACGACGAGGACAAGUACAUCCCACACAGUGAUGACCCCACCUCCAACAUGGUCAUUGAGGCCAUAAAGAACGACCGGCUUCAUCAGAUGGAGAGGAGUCUGAAACUUCAAGCUGAAAAGUAUAUUAUGACCGCGGCCAAACUCAUCGCUCCAGCCAUCGAGUCGUCUUUCGCUGUGGGCUUCGACUGGUGUGUGGAGAUGGUUAAGAACUCUCAGUAUGUGGAGCUGGCCAACGACCUGGAGAUCAGCAAGGCCAUCACGUAUCUGCGACAGAAGGACUUCAACAAGGUUAAAGAGCAGGCCGUGGAGACUCUGAAGAUGUUUGAAAAGAAGGACAGUCGGGUCAAGAGCGCUGCAGCCACCAACCUCUCUGGCCUCUACUUCCUGGAGAAGGACUUUGAGCAGGCGGACCGCUACGCUGACCUGGCCAUGACCGCCGACCGCUACAACUCCGCUGCCCUGGUCAACAAGGGCAACAGUGUGUUCCACCUGCAGGACUAUGAGAAGGCUGCCGAGUUCUACAAGGAGGCUCUGAGGAACGACUCCUGCUGUACUGACGCACUCUACAACCUGGGGCUGACGUACAAGCGUCUGAAGCGGCCGGAGGAGGCGCUGGACUGCUUCCACAAGCUGCACGCCAUUCUGAGGAGCUCCCCACAGGUCAUGUUCCAGCUCGCCUCUCUUAUGGAGCUGCUGGAGGAGCGAGCCCAGGCCAUGGACUGGCUCAUGCAGGUGCUCAGCGUGGUGCCCACUGAUGCCAAGGCACUGGCCAAACUGGGAGAGCUCUAUGAUGCAGAGGGAGACAAGAGCCAGGCCUACCACUACUACUACGAGUCGUAUAGGUACUAUCCGUCCAACAUGGCGGUGAUCGAGUGGUUGGCAGCGUACCACAUCGACCUGCGCUUCUUCGAGAAGGCCAUCCAGUACUUUGAACGAGGCGCACUCAUUCAGCCGACUGAAGUGCGAUGGCAGCUCAUGGUGGCAACGUGCUUCAGAAGAAGUGGAAACUACCAGAAGUCCCUGGACACGUACAGAAGAAUCCACAGCAGGUUCCCAGAACAUGUGGAAUCCCUGUCUCCAACCUCUGUCUCCGACCCCUGUCUCCAACCCCUGUCUCCAACCCCUGUCUCCAACCCCUUUCUCCAACCCCUGUCUCCAACCCCUGUCUCCAACCCCUGUCUCCAACCCCUGUCUCCAACCCCUGUCUCCAACCCCUGUCUCCAACCCCUGUCUCCAACCCCUGUCUCCAACCUCUGUCUCCAACCUCUGUCUCCAACCUCUGUCUCCAACCUCUGUCUCCAACCCCUGUCUCCAACCUCUGUCUCCAACCUCUGUCUCCAAGCUCUGUCUCCAAGCUCUGUCUCCGACCCCUGUCUCCAACCCCUGUCUCCAACCCCUGUCUCCAACCUCUGUCUCCAACCUCUGUCUCCAACCCCUGUCUCCAACCUCUGUCUCCAAUCUCUGUCUCUAACCUCUGUCUCCGACCCCUGUUUCCGACCCCUGUCUCCGACCCCUGUCUCCAACCUCUGUCUCCAACCUCUGUCUCCAACCCCUGUCUCCAACCCCUGUCUCCAACCCCUGUCUCCAACCCCUGUCUCCAACCUCUGUCUCCAACCUCUGUCUCCAACCUCUGUCUCCAACCUCUGUCUCCAACCCCUGUCUCCAACCUUUGUCUCCAACCUUUGUCUCCAACCUCUAUCUCCAACCUCUGUCUCCAACCUCUGUCUCCAACCUCUGUCUCCAACCUCUGUCUCCAACCUCUGUCUCCAACCUCUGUCUCCAAACUCUGUCUCCAACCCCUGUCACCAACCUCUGUCUCCAACCUCUGUCUCCAACCUCUGUCUGCGGUUCCUGGUGCGUCUCUGCACCGACAUGGGCCUGGCAGACGUACAUGAAUACAGCAGCAAACUCAAGAAGCUCGACAAGAUGAGGGAACUCAGAGAACAGAGGGUGAAGUCGGGACAGGAGGGCAGUGCUAAGACCCGGAGAGAAGGCAGCGCUGGGAGCUCAGACUCUGGACACAGCAGUGGCAGCAGAGGAGAACGCCUAAGCUCCAGACUCCGCUCUUUACCCGGGAACAACCAGCCCUAUGAGAGCAGUGCCCCCAAAGAACUGGAUGCGUCCUAUGUUGACCCCCUGGGGCCGCAGAUGGAGCGGCCGAAAACCGGAGUCAAAAAGAGACAAGAGGACGACUUUGAAGAUGAGGAGCUGGGGGACGAUCUGCUGCCAGAGUAG